AUGUACAAGUUUUACUCCGUAGUGUGCACGCAUCAUCGACGACAUAUUGAAGCUUCCAUUGGUUCUCAUGGCGAUGAAAAUCCUGAAGAUGAUCUCAAUUGGAUUCCUCCUCAUGAAUCCUGCCAUCGGUGUGAAGGGAUAUUCUAUGAGUUAACGAUUGAAGCUACGAAGAUGGCUGAUUAUAUUUGUUUGAGAGUCAGGAAACUUGUUCAUCUUCACUUUACUCCUGGUUUCCGAAGAUUCUUAUGGUGUUUGUUUCGUAAUUUCAAAGAUGAUCAAGAAGCACUCCUAUGUAAGGGAUGGAUCCUAAUCCAAUUUAUGAUUAUGAAAGUUAUCGCCCUCAGGAAGAUUCUCAAGAAAUAUAACAAAGUGCAUGAAUCUGCAAGUGGUAUGAACUUUAAGUCCAAAUUACAGGCAAAACACUUGGAUGUGAUGCAAUCACCAUCACAACAAGAAUUCAGAAUAUUAGGGACGACGCUUUUUGGGACGACACAAGCAAUAGCGGCGACACUGGACUUGACGCGCUAUAUGUCGCCUCUAAAACCCCACUGUCGUCGCUAUUAG